GCUUUCCCUUUCCUAUAACUGUCCCUUUAUACCUAUUUCUAUUCAUCAGCCCCCCACCCCCCCCAAACGACGCAAGUAAACCACCAUGACGUUGAUGAGUGUUCUGGCGAAUGCCCUUCGCACCAUCGCGAGUGCGGAGCGUCGGGGCAAACGCCAAGUCCUUCUUCGGCCCUCGUCCAAGGUGAUUUUAAAAUUUCUGCUGGUGAUGCAAAAGCACGGAUAUAUUAGCGAGUUCGAACUCAUCGACGACCAUCGCUCGAAGAAGAUCGUCGUGAAUUUGAAUGGCCGGCUGAAUAAAUGCGGGGCGAUUUGCCCUCGUUUUGACUGCAAUGUCAAGGAAUACGAGCAGUGGAUGAAGUUUAUUUUGCCUUCUCGUCAGUUCGGAUUUUUGGUUUUGACCACCUCACUCGGGAUUAUGGACCACGAGGAGGCUCGUGCGCGGAAUACCGGUGGGAAGGUGCUUGGCUUCUUUUACUAAAUUCAAUCAAGAAAAUAAAGAAAGGAAGGCAUUGGUGCGAACCCUAGGCUCGGAUAUGUCUAAGGAAAGGUGAAAAGACACCGUUUGUUUGUUUUUUUCACAAUUUAUUUCAUUAAAAAAAAACUAAAAA